UUCCAGGAAGUCUUGAUAAAUACUCAGGUGUGAGCACUCAGGAUUUGUUGGCAGUCUGGGAGAGAGAAGAGUCCAGAAGCCUUUCAAACAGCUUUUUAAAAAUAUUUUUGUAUUGUGCAUAUUUAUUUUGUCAACGACCAAGUGGUCAAGCGCUGGCCCUGAACUCGAAGCAGUGUAAAUUCAGAUACAUAUCCCAGAUUCAACCAAGGAAUCCUCUUUUAAAGAAGCAUUCUCUACGCCCUAACUGGUUAGUCUUCUCUACACUCUGAUACUACUACCCUGGUGUGACCUGAGGCUCAGCCAACGUCAUGGCUAUCUCUCCCACCGUAACCCUCCACCUGGACGAUGGUGUGGUGCGUGGCCUGGACCUGCAGUCCUGUGCUGUCCAGCUGUGUAAAGGACAUGGUCACUGUGUGGCUCAGGGACAGGCCACCACCUGUGAGUGUAUCCUGGGGUACAGAGGAGAGUUCUGCCAUGAGAGUGUCAAUGAGGCAAUCGGUGUUCCGCUCACCCUGGGGGUAGUGGCCUUUAUCGUUGGCAUCCUCAUCCUCUCCUUCCUCAUUGCGUUCAUCAGGCAGAGGGUCAAGGUCAAAAGGAAAGCUGCAGCCAAGGAUUUUAGUGGUUUAGAGAAAGACAUUCUGUAGCACCAUCAAGGUUUGGUUGACGGUCCAACAUCAGAGCACAUCCCCUUCAUCAGGCUUUAUCCCCGGUAUAAACAAUUAUAUUCUGUAGUACUAUUUAUAUAAACAACUAUUUACUGUAGUACUCUUCAUAUUAACUACAUGCGCUAGUGUUAACUACUAUACCAUAGCACUACUUAUAGAAACAACUAUGCUGUGGUACUAAUAGAAAUCCAUAUAUGGUGGGACGACUCGUAAAAAGUAAGGACUGUUUUUGGCAAUAGCUGUGUUCGAAUACGAACAAACUGUAUACUACAUACUUAAGUGUAUAUUACAUACUAUAUACUGUUUGUUGAUUUUUAGUAUACUGUAAAUGACCGGUAUCCUUUCAGUUGAUUGUACUAGCGCUUCGCCUGUCUAUCUGUAGUUGAUGCUGUUGCUAUGCAACUUGUUAGCAUAGCUAACAAAUUACUAGCUAGACGUUUUACGACUUCAUUGAGAACCCACAACGGCUAUACCACUUAGCUAAGCAAAAAAUAAUCAAGCUAAAAAAUGUUGGGUAGUUAGAUAGCAUAUAGUUAAUAUACUGGCAAGUUUGUAUUAGUAGCUAGCUAACAUAUGGUAUCUACAAGCAACUGCUGUUAUGAUACGCUAUGCAGUUCUAUGCUAACAAACUGUCAGCGAAUGUAACGUAACUUAUUUGAAAAGUCGUUACUCCAGAGUGGUGCAGCAGUCUAAGGCACUGCAUCUCAGUGCUAAAGGUGUCACUACAGACCCCGGUUCGAUUCCAGGCUGUAUCACAACCGAUCGUGAUUAGGAGUCCCAUAGGGCGGCGCACAAUUGGCCCAGGGUCGUUAGGGUUUGGCCGGGGUAGGCCGUCAUUUUAAAUAAGAAUUUGUUCUCAACUGACUUGCCUAGUUAAACCCCAAUAUUAAAGGUUACAUAAAAAUUACAUUUCUCAACAAUUUCCUUCCGUAUGAGCCUGGCCUGACUGGCUUACCUCCUUUAGAGUCUGGUUAGUUGCCUGACUGUUAGUGUUAUCUGACUCAGGCCAAUGAUUGAAAGACACACCUAAGGAGUGGAAACAUUUAACACAUUUUCUCCAAAACAUGAUAGGAAUUUCAACGCUGGUAAACCAGUCAGUCCGACAGUGUUUUUCAUUUGCAACAAAGCAUCCGCUGGGGAUUGAGGUUUGAAAAUAAACACUGUUCUAUACAGGCUGUAGUGUUCGUCAAAACAGGUUUCGUCUUGCAUACUUAGGAUUGCAUGACUAUCCCUAUUGUGCUGCUGAGUGCCUUAGAUCAAAGUGAAUUUUACUGUCCAACAUCAGAGCUUGGCUUUUUCAUUGGCUCCACCCCUGGUACAUAUAUAAAUAACUAUAUACUGUAGUACUCUUCAUAUAAACAACUAUAUACUUAAGUACUCUUCAUGUAAACUAUAUAUUGUAGUACUAUUCAUAUAAACUAAAUAAUUAUAUACACGACUACUGUAUACAAUAUACUGAAGUACUAUUCAUAUAAACAACUAUAUACUAUAGUACUUUUAAUACGAGCAACUAAAUACUUUAGUACUAUUUAUAUUACCAACUAUAUACUGUAGUACUAUUCAUAUAAACUACAUGCGCUAGUACUACGAGUGUUAACUACUAUACAAUAGGACUUCUUAUAUAAAUAAAUAUGCUGUGGUACUAAUAGAAAACCACAUGGUGUGACUACUUGUAUAAAGGACUGUUUUUUUUGGUUACGUCUUUAUACUGACUAACUUUUUUUCUGAGAAACCAAAGCCUCGACGAGCAGCAGCUUUUCUCACACUGAUCCUGGUCUGUCUAGUUUAUAUGGUGAUACAUGCUGUUAUGACUGAUUAGUGUGGUAAUGCACUCUGUUGCCUAACUUGUUUGUGUUUGUUGCCUGACUUGUUUGUGCUGCUUGUGGCUGUGUUGCCUGACUGGUUUGUGUUGCUUGUGGUUUGUGUUAACACUCAGUCAGGCAACACAUAAUCAGUUAUCUCUGACUCAUGAGUGAUUAAUAGACCUAAGCAAUGGCAACAUUCAGUUGCUCCAAAACCUGACAGGAAUUCCAACUGAGCUUUUCAUUGGCCACAAAGGUUGGAAAAUAUACACUGUAUACAAGUCUGAUCCCCUCGCUGAUAUUAUUUUCUCUUGUAACUGAACUCAAGUGAGUUUGUCUUAAUUUCAAGCUGCUCCAGUCUCUCCCUCUAGAGGUUGGUGAGAACAUAAUGGAGGCCUGUCCAGUCAUGGACCUUCGGCUCAUACAACCGCCUUGUUAAUUCCAUGUAGAUAAAAUGCUAUUAUGUUCUUGAAUAAUUAUUGUAAACGCAUUGCAAAAAGUUUUUUUUUAAGCUUUGUUCUUGUAUCUGAAUUUUGGAUAUGCUUAAACCUGGGCAAAUUCACAUUAAAACACUGUUUACUUCUGUGUGA